UGCCUCGAAAUUCUUUGGAAAUAACACUGCUCACAUUGUUGCUCGCGUCACCGGUCAUUGACAUAAUAACAGCAGACGCUAAGGUUUGACUACAGAGCCGUUCGCUUGUCUCAGCCUGAAGUCCGAAUAAGGGAGAAUGUCCUUGUCUGGCUGGGUGUGUUUGGUGACGGGGGCCUCCAGAGGCAUCGGCCGGGGAAUAGCCCUCCAGCUGUCCGAGGCGGGAGCUACCGUCUACAUCACCGGGCGCCAGGAGACCACUCUGAAACAAACUGCUGCCCAGGUGAAGGAAAGGGGGGGGAAGUGCGUCCCGGUCAUCUGCGAUUCCACAAAAGACAAAGACAUCGAAGACGUGUUUGAACAGAUCAAGCGUGAGCAGAAGGGCAGGCUGGACCUGCUGGUGAACAACGCAUAUGCUGGAGUCCAGGCCAUCUUCGAGAAUAUGGGGGUCAAGUUCUGGGAAAUGGAUCCGUCCAUUUGGGAUUCCAUCAACAACACGGGCCUCAGGGGCCACUAUUUCUUCUCAGUUCACGCGUCCCGGAUGAUGGUGGCUCAAGGUCGGGGUCUGAUAGUCACGAUUUCGUCCAUGGGGGGUCUGCGGUAUCUCUUCAAUGUGCCAUAUGGCGUUGGCAAGGCUGCAUGUGACAGGCUGGCAGCAGACAUGGCGGUGGAGCUUAAAGGAAGGGGCGUGGCUUCUGUGAGUCUGUGGCCUGGAGCCGUACAAACAGAGCUGGUGUCUCAGUUCGUACUAGAAAAGGAAAAGACACAAGGUGUAGAUAACAAGUUCAAAGAAGUCUUUGCCAAUGGGGAAUCCACAGAAGUGAGUGGGAUGUGCAUCGUCAACCUGGCAAACGAUAAACAUCUGAUGUCUCUGACUGGGAAGGUACUCCUGACUUGUGACCUGGCAAGGCGCUACGGCAUACAAGACAUUGAUGGACGGACUGUAGCUGACUACACUUCUCUGAAAUUCCUCCUGAGCCAGGUGCCAUAUCUCUCCUGGCUGUCGGUGGUAGUCCCUUCAUUCCUACGCCUGCCGCGCUUUGCGCUCACCCUGGCUAGUAACCGCUUCUAAACAUUCCCCCCAUCCGCACCAGAGUGGCAGUAUCGUACGAUAUGUUGACGAAGUGGUCCAAAUUCUAGCGGAACUAGUCGCCAUGUCUGCCUGUAGGUGACAACCAGCUGUGACUCCCAACUAUAUCUUUUAAAGGAGUAUUAUUGAACACUUUAUUUUGUAUAAUCCCACUUGUGUCGUUAACGAAGGCGGUUCUAUGAAGUUUGAGGUCAAGAAAGAGAACAUCAAUUUAACCUUAACAUUACUGUUAUCUGUGAGUGAUGCCGCACGAUGUGAAUUUAUUAAUAAGAACGCGUUUUAUAUUUUCUUAAGCAUCUCUUUGAAGAUGAAACGUGGGAGAAACCGUUCAAUGGGUCUGUGUUUUUCACUAAUAUUUAGCUUUGCUAUAUUUCUAUUUCACGUCCAACACUACAUCCACUCCCACUCCCCCGGUACUCGACCGUCUAGGUAACAACUGGUUAAAUAAAGAACCUUGCUGCUGUUUUUUCAUUCCUUUCUGAAAAAAAUGUACUCUGCAUAGAAACAGAUUUAUUCUCAAGUAAAGGGUUGUAUCUCCUAUAUGGAAAUAUUAUUAUCAAAAUAGUGUCUAUUUGAUUAUAUUAAUUACUGCUGUUAACUAUGAAUUAUAAUCGCUACCUCUGACAUAAUGUGUGUGUGUGUAUACAUACAUACAUACAUAUAUAUGUAUAUACAUACAUAUAUAUUACAUAUAUAUACAUAAUGUAUAUAUAUUUUAUAUAUAUAUAUAUUAUAUAUAUAUAUGAAUUAAUCACUAUAACAGUGUCCGUGUUGUUCGUAAUGCAAAGACAAAAUGUUGUUCUGUUUAUUCAUCUGAAUGAUUCAUCAUUUUUGGCGGAUGGAAUGUAUACACGGCUAAUUAAAAUGCUUUUACUUA